AUGGCACAAGUCAGUGAACAAGGUAAGCCAUCUAUAACCCACACGCCCUGCGACUCUGCAGCCAAGCAACUCACCAGGACGACCAUAUCAUACUCCCAGUGCCUCACACGCUCCCGCAACCCCCCUUCCCACGGUAAUGAUCCGAUCAACCUGCCCACCCCACCGGCUCGUCGCAGCGCGGAAAACCCCCCUAGGCGCGAGACUCCUCCGCAGACUUGGGGAGAAGUCCUCGCCCGCCAGACAAAAGGCCAUCACGGCAUCGGCGCGCUACCGCCGCCGGGCCCGCAGGGCGAUGCGUCGGAUCAGACUGUCCACCACCCGGCUCAUCUCGCGCCUGGAGACCCGGCUCUUGCGCCUCUUCGACGAGGGCCACGGGAGGGUCCGGCAGGAGGGAGAGACGCGGCAUCAGGCGCGGGUGCGGAAACAACGCGGGAGACAGGCGGCGGCCGGGCGGGGGAUGCGGUGGUAGAGAUGCCGGUCAGCCGAGUAGCUAGAACGCAGGUAAUCGCCAUCUCCGUCGUGGGCUGGGCAUAG